UGGUAGACGGAGAUGGAAAUACUAAAAUGCUGGAAAGCAUUCGAAAGAUACGUACAAAGGGAGACUGAUGCAUCAAUGCAGAACCAGUAGGGAAUUCCACCAUUACAUUUCUGUUACUGAAAUAUAAAAAGAGAUAAGAAAUCGAAUUCAAUUAGAUAAAAAAGCACUUCAAAACCAUGAACUAUCAUUUGAUUGAAAUCAACAAACUGAGAAAGAAACACGGUAAACAGAAGAAGGCAUCUUCAUGUCCAAAACAGUUACAGGAAACUGAACAGUUGUUGUUGAAGUACUGCAGCGAUGGAGAUGAUUAUGUAUCAUAUUCAGCAGCAAAGACCUUGGUUUAUAUUCUUAAAAAUCAUCCAGAAAAGGCUAGAUGUACUGCAAUGCUAAAUCUCACCAUCCAGCAUAUUAUCGAGGAUUCCAGUACAAACAGAGCAGCUAUACAUUUAUUGCAUUCUGUCAGUCACCUUGUAGCUCAGGGAAUGCAGGAAUGGAUAGGAGAUGCCCUUUUGUCACAAUGGAAGAAUCUAAAUGAAUUUACGUGUCAUUUGAAUGGGGAUGAAAAGGAUAUCACCUUGACACAAUUAGAAUUCUAUGACAUUAUUAUUAAUCUAAUGCAAAGUAAUAUGGAGCCUGGUAAUAUCCCCAACUCAGGUGUAUGCACUAAUCUAGAUGCUCCUAUGAAUGAAACAGAACUAGAUAAUGAACAUAUUAGAACAGGCUUAAUAGUAAAUGCUACAGAUAAAGCGAAAAGUGAUAGAACAUUGCCAUCGAUGAGCACAUAUGAGGGAAAUGCUGUUAGUUGCUGGCAUGAACUGGUUGACACUAUUAACACAUCUACAAUACCUUCUAUUGUAACAUACCUGCAAACACAAGACAAUCCACUUAUAUUCAGCAAAAUCUUGGACAUUGCCAAUCUAUGGCUUCCCCUUCUACAGUGCAUCAAAGGAGACCACAACUCGGUCAUAUUGCAGAGGGCACAUGUCCUAAGUGAAGCCCUUCUAGGCAUAGACUAUACUAGGGAUAUGCCAUUAAGGAAGUGUAAUGUAGGCUUUAGUGGUGCAUCAUUAGAAGGGAAUCCGUCUACAUGUGAACAACAAAGAGACUGGCCUCUGCUCAGGAAGAUAUCUAUAAUACUCCUCAAGUCUUGUGCUACAUUAUCAUUGGCAGGUUCAAAGGAGAGUGCAGCAAGUUUUACGCAGUUGUGUUAUUUUGUGUCUUCAAUUAUCAUGUCAGAUGGAGCUGAUGAGGAAAAGUGGAUGUUUAGAUUAUAUAGGGACCAAGAUGAUGGCCUCAUAGAGAGUCUUAUAUGUGUUCUGGUUAUAUAUCAACACACAGUUCAUCAGGAAGCAAGAAACUCCUGGCUUUUAGCUCACAGGUUGUUUCUUAACUGCAUGGAUCAUUUCUCAUUUGACCACACAGUCCUCCUGGACCUCCUCACUUCACCAGAGACAUCAUUCCUUCUCUAUCUUACCAAGAUGUUAAAACUUCUCAUCAAUGAAUGGAGCAUGUUUAUCAUGAUAUGUGGACAUGUGCACCCACCAGUGGCAACUGAAGAAUCAAUAACUGAUGAAUUGGUGACAUCUGAACAAACAAUGGAUAUAACUGAUGAAUCAAGAGUAGCAACUAAACAAUUAUUGGGUAUGAAUAAUGAAUCUUGUGUGACUACUGAACAAUCAAUAGACAUGACUGAUGAAUCUCCAGUGAUAACUGAACGAACAUUGGAUAUAACUGAUGAAUCACAUCUGGCAAUUAAACAAUCAAUGGGCAUGAUUGAUGAAUCUCCAGUGACAACUGAACACAUGUUGAGCAUGUCAAAUCAAUUACCAGUAUCAAAUGAACAAACAAGUGUAUCUGAACAAUCAGCAUCAAUAUCAGCACAAUCAAAUCAAGUAAGUGAAAAAUCAUCAUUUCCAAUUUUAUCAAAAAUUAAUGACAUUCAGACAACCAAUUAUAAUCAUGCCACAAAUGAUGGUAAAAAUGCCUUAUUGAUAAAGGAUUUUAAGGACAAAGGGUCUGUCUUAUCAGACAACCUCUGCACACAGAGCAACAGGAGAGCAUUGGUGGAGUACUCUGAUAGCUCAACUGACAACUCAGAAGAUGAAGACUGCAUAGCAACAUCACAUCUCGCAUCUCCAAAUCUGAAUGAAAUGAACACUACUCAUGAACUAAAUACUGGAGGAAAGGAUUCCCUGGCAAAACAAGAUAUAUCUCAUUCCACUGGUGAGAUGCUAUUAGAUUUAGAUCAGUUUAAUGAAAAUCUCAAUCUCAGCAAAUGUGGUACAACAAAUCCAGAUAACACUGAAGCAUUGUCAGAAACCAAUAAAGAAGUUCAGACAAAUGAUGACAUUGCAGAUGAAGCUUCAGACAUAAAUGAUGGAAGUUCAUAUUCAAAUAAUUCUGAUAGUCACCUUUAUAACGAAUCAUUGUUGGACAAAGUUAUGACUCUUCUUAUUCAGCUGAGAUUUGCUUUAGAAAGACUUGUGCAUAAAAACCUAUUUCCAUAUAAUGCAAAUCCCCUAAUAAGACUUCUUGAAGAAUGUGAAGCCUUGUAUGAGACGCCCUGAAUAAAUUUCAUGUUCCUUUGUUUCAAUUGAGGCUGUGCCCGGGAGGCUGUGGCAAUGCUAUGCAUUAUCAAUAAUUCGAACAUGACUGUAUUCACGCCUUUUAUAAACUGUAAACAAAGUCGAUGCUUCAGCUGGGUUAUAUUCGAGAUCAAUAACCCAGUUAAUACGUGUAAUGUGUGACGUCAUAACGUGGGUCGUAGUAAUGGCGGACCAUGAUGAAUAUUCGA